UUUCUCCUAAGCAGGAGAGGUCCCCGAGAGUCUCAGGCUUCAGUCUAGGCCUUGAAUGGCUGGUCUCCAGUUGGCACCACAUCUGCCUGUGGGUGGUAUGCUCCCACAUAAUAAAUCAGAAGCUCCAGGGCUCCACUCAGCAAAGCAAGACCCUUAUGAACAAGGUGACUCUUCCCAGCAGUCAUCGAUGGGGCACCCGAGGAAUAAUUUCCAGCAGAAGUUUUUCAGCAAUAAAAAGCUGAUGUUGGAUAAUGUCUACACUCACCCAAAAUGGAACACCUGCACUAAACCCCGGAGCUAUUCCCAUCCCCGCCGUACAGGAGUCAACAACCAGCAUUCAGGAAGCAAUCCCCAGGGCCAAGAAGGGAAAGGUUUGUUUUACUCAUCGGUUUCUCAAUCCCAGUAUUCCAAAGCAAAUAACCAGGACUUUAUCCCCUUUACAAAGAAACGAGUUGGGGUAGACCGGGCCUACCCACUGAAACCUGUGGUCCACCAGAAGUCUCGCAUUAUAAGUGAGGUUGGCAGUGCUGGGGACCAGAAUGUCAACAACCCAAGGUCCCUGGAGCCAAGAGAGUUUUCAUACAACAACUUUGGUUUGAGGAACCAGGACAAUUCAUCUAUGGUUGGUAAUGUUCUUGCUGCCAUGCACGGGGAGAGGGGCAUGGCAAACUUUGACAGGACCAAGUGGAUGCAGAUCCAAAAACUAGAAGCUGCCGGGGAGAGCUUAGAAGAGGAAAUCCGAAGAAAGGAGGUUCUCCUGAGGGAAAAGCUGAAGAGGACAGAGGAGGAAAUCCGAAGGAUACAGAAGAAAAAUGAAAGCAGAGAGCUAGAGAGAACGAUACUCUUCAGGGGGAGCAUUAAAGAUAGUAACAGCGACACCAUGUACAAACCUAUCUUCUCCCCAGAAUUUGAGACUAAGGAGGUGUUCAGUAGAGACCAGAGAGAGGAUGAAACUUGGCAACAAUCUCAAGAAAAUUCUAGUCCUCUCCAGUUCUAUGAUUAUGGAAUCCAGGGUCUCAAAAGGGAGAAGCUGGUGGCAAGCGAUAACAAACUCCAAGACCAGGUCUCAGAACCAUCAACAGAGUUUUUUCAGCCUUCAGAAACACCAGGCAGUGCUUUGCAGGGAUACACCAGGAAUUCUAGCCUACCCAAGGCACCAGACUCCUCAGGUUCCAGCGGCUCCUCUGAAGUGCCAGAACUGGGCAAAUGCAGCCACUGUGGACGCAAGUUUCUAUUGCUCAGGCUGGAGAGACACUCAAAAGUCUGCAGCAGGAUACAGGGUUCCAAGAGGAAAGUGUUUGAUUCUUCCAGGGCCCGGGCAAAGGGCACAGAACUAGAGCAGUACUUGAACUGGAAAGGAUCAGCUUCAGUCAAGGCUGAGCCUCCUCGGAAGAGCAACUGGAGGCAGAAGCAUGAAUCUUUUAUCCGUACCCUCCGUCAGGCUCGAGAGGUCCAGCAGGUAAUUGCCAACGGUGGAAAACCCUCAGACUUGCCUCACAUCCUGCCUGCAGAAAACCCUGACUACGUUCAGUGUCCUCACUGUAGCCGCCACUUUGCUCCCAAAGUGGCCGAGCGACACAUUCCCAAGUGUAAGACCAUCAAGAACCGUCCUCCACCUCCAAGGAAGCAUUACAGUUGAGCAGACAACAGUGGAAACCUGCUCAGAUAACUCAGGCUCUGCUGCUUCUCUUUAGCAGUAAAUGGGAGUAGAAUUUGAUGCAGAGCAGAAAGAAACAAACAUUUCACAUCUCCCAGAUCUGUCUGCAGAGCUAAAAUCAGUUGAGAAAGCUAUUGCCAAGCAGCAGGAGGAAGGCCCCAGCUUCCCACUAAAACUACAG